UCAUUUUCUUGCCCAAUACAACGAACAAUGGCCAUCAUACAAAAGCUGAGACGGUCUUUAUCAAGCGAAAGAAGAUCACCGGAGGUUCCAAAGGGGCACUUAGCCAUAUACGUAGGGGAAAGCACCAAAAAGAAGCGAUUUAUUGUUCCGGUGUCUUAUUUGAAGAAUACUAUGUUUCAAGAAUUGCUGUCUCAAUCUGAGGAGGAAUUCGGGUUCCAUCAUUCAAUGGGAGGCCUCACCAUUCCAUGCAGCGCGGACUUAUUCGUCGAUAUCACAUCCCAAUUGAGUUAGGCAUAGAAUACAUACAUAUCUAGAUAGAUAGAUAGACAGACAAUGAGAUUGAUUU